AUGGCGGCCGAAGCGAUCCCGUCCUUGAGCUUUGAAGCUCAGCACCCUGAGGAGUACAUAGAUUACUCCGAAGAUGAUGCGGUUACCGCGAAUGGCCCUAACCAUAGCUCAUUCUCGGCCAACGCUCAGUUCAGUGCUGGUGCAUCUGGGGGCACUGAAAGAUCGUUGGAAACGAUGGAUGCACAAGAUGCGGUUGAGCCUGUUGGUGUGUCUAGCGAUGCCCAGCUCGAGGGUAAUGAGCAAGACCACAUUGGCACAAACAAUGACGAGAGCGCCAUUCCGAUCAACGAAGCCACUCAAGAACCUAAAUCGGCAAUCUUCAACGAAAAUGAAAUAAGCUGGGAAGAUAACAAUAACAACAACGGACCGGUUGAAAACUCGGGCGCGGGCCACCUUUAUUCUGAAAAGAGCGACUGGCAACUAGUCGACGAAGAAACGAACGCCGCGGAGAACGCGGACUUUUCUGAGAGCUUGGUAGAUGAAGAGCAACAGACGUAUUAUGAGGGCGAAGAAACAUCUGUUGCUUCCGUAGGCGGCAAUGCUGAUGCUACCGAUAUCAAUAUUCAAGAGAAUGCUGUGCCAGAUGUCGACUCGUCUUUUGAGGAGCAAGCCAACGACGUUCAAGAUCUAGAGGCGGAUGGUGAUUUGCACGAAAUAGACUAUUUCGAAGAUGGCAACGCACCUGCUGAUGCUUCAGCGGAGGACAUCGAAGCGCAACCAGAAAGCUACGAUCUCGACCAAGAGAACGCCAGCCACGCCCAUACAGAUGAAGGUGUCGAAGAUCGUAACACGGUCGAAGUGCCUGAUCCUGCUUCCCAGAAUGAAACCGAGAACGGCGUUGCAAUCGAUGUUGGAGAUGAUGUCGAUACCCAGAAUAUUGAUGACUUGGCAAAUGAUGGACAAGAAUAUGCGGCGACCGGUGACGAUACUUCAGUUCACGAACACAUGGACUAUGAAGAUGAGGUGAUUGCCAAUAUGCAAUCCCCCGAGUCUAUUGAUACGCCAUCGAAUGAGGACAUGGAUAUUCCAGUCAUUACGGUUUCAUACAAGGGCGUUGAAUACCCCUUCUUCUAUAACUCGCCCGAUAGCGCAGGCAAGGAGUGCUUCUUCGAUGAUCUGUCACUUCUGCACUGCAAGAUGGAGGGUGUGUUGGCAGGUUUUCGUCGGGAACUUGCCAACGAGUUAGGCCCCUUCGACGAACUCGUGUUCCAGAUCGACGAGUUGGGGCUUGAGUUUGCUGAAUCUACCCAGCCAGAUGAGAUCUCAGACAUUACUCUUGGUCAGGUGAUUUCAGUUUUUGAUUCACUCGUCAAGAACCAAGAUCCUGAAGCAUCAAAGCCGUUAUAUGCGCUACUAGUAACGAGGCCAAACUGUAAAAAGCGCUGGCUUUCGCUCGUUGACGAUGCGUACAAUGGCAAGGGCCUUGACGAGGUCAGCUACUACUUCGCAUCUCAGGCACACAGUGAGGCGGAUGAACCUGACAUAAUGGAUGAUUUAACUGGUAUGAUCGGAGAAGAAGACAACGCUGAUGCUACUGCGUGGCCGAACUCACCUGGCGAAAGCGCGCGCGAUGAUCAAGAGGAUGGACAGGGCCAAGUUGGGCAAGACAGUCAAGUCGAUGAAGACGAUCAAGCCGAUGAGAAUGAUCAAGUCGAAGAACAAGAUCAACUCGAAGAAGAUAAAUUCAACAAGGAUGCUGAUGUUGGUGCCAGCAAUGCCGAAGAGGAUGAGGAUGCCACUCAAGUUCACGAUCCUGCUGGCGAUGACACCCUCAAUCAAGAAGUCAUAGUCACCGAUGACCUGGAUGCCGAGACAACCAUGGUGGAUACAGAUUUUUCCCUCAUGGACGAGUCUACGGCGGUUGCGGACAUCGACCUUGUUGGAAACAGCAUGAUAGAUCUGAUGGAGGAUCAAGAGCCCCAAACAUCUGACAGAAAUGGUAAAUCCGGCUCUUCCUUAGUUACUCCCUGCUUUUACCCUCAGCCCUGCAUUUGCAACCUUUGUGUAUCGCCCUUCACCACAGAGCGGGUGGUGGAAGAUAGCAAUGUCGCAUACGCAUCGCCGAUACAGAUGACAAGAGAGGAUGCUCGACAUAACCGGCAGACCUUACUUGGUUUUCCACACCUAGAUGGUCCCGUGGAUGUCAUAUCUCAUUCUCGUUUUCAUCAUUCGCAUUCUGCUGCUUUGGAUUCUAGCAUGGGCUUUUCUCUAAUAACAAAUGCUGACAAUUCCAUCCAAGUCACAGAAAUCGAAGCCUCUCAUUCCUUUGCCAGUGGAGACACGGAAGAAGCAGAUCUACAUAACGCCGUUGAGGACGAUCAGCAUUGGCCGGAUGGCGAAGACGAUACAGCCGCUGUGGGCCAGAUCACUGAAGGCACCAAUGAAGGCUCAGCGGAUAAGGUAACACCUAACAACACCAGCGCAACGUCAACUUUGAGUGGUGAUGAUACCACAUACGAACAUAACGAGCUUGACUUAAACAUCGACAUGCCUGAGAAUGAAGGCACUGGCACCAAUACCGGGGUGGACAAUGACGAAUUGGCGGAGAUAGAUUGGAGAGAGUUCCCUGGUCAAGGCGACAAUGAAGUGUCGGAGUCCCCUUUGGUCGCUGGCAAACGCCCUCGAUCAGUUGCGGACGACCUGUUAGAAGAGGAAGCUGAGAAAGACGUCAAGCGUCGUCGCCCUUGA